UUUAUUGCAAAUUUUUAUAAACAAAUUUGAAUAAUAAAAAUUAACUUGAAAUUUAUAGUAUAUAUUUAUGGUUCUCUAACAAUCAGAAGAAAAUCUAACAAUGGAGAAAGUUGAGUAUGAUUUAGAUACAUCAGGAGGUAUUAUGGAGGAGAUUCAAAAACUUGUUGCUCCUCCUCAAUCUGAUGACUCCAAACGUCCAAUUUUACAUGAAGCUAUAAAGCGUCCAGCAAAAGCUAUUAAUCAUGAUCGGUGCGAUGCUUGUUGUGAAGAUGGAGAUUUAUUAUGUUGUGACCAUUGUUCUGCUUCUUUUCAUCUUCAAUGUUGUAAUCCACCUCUGGAAGAUGCAGAUGUUCCCACUGGAGAGUGGAUUUGCAAUGAAUGUAAACAUGGAAAAAAUAUUGAUCAGACUUUUAUUGGGUUGCAAUUUGUUGAUAAGUGUGUUAAGAGUGUAUCUUCAAGUCGUUCUUCAUCACCAGUUGAUAGUGAAGCUGGAAUGAAUCCUUUUGAGAAAUUAACGGCAUUGUAUCGAAAUAAAAAUCCCAGAGAGUUUCAACUUCCGAUGAAUAUCCAAGAGUUUUAUAUAAUGCCUGGAGAUCGUAAAAGAAAGAAACCUUUGGAUUGUAGUCGAAAAGGAGAAUCACAAAGGGUUUGUUUUGUUUGUACAAGAACCGAAAGAAUAAGUAGCUUGAUCAGUUGUGAUUUUUGUCCUCUUGUCUUUCAUCAAGAUUGUCUGAUGCCACCACUUGCACAAGAACCUAUCGGAUUAUGGAUGUGCCCAAAUCAUCCAGAAAACUUUGAACCAAGGCUCAGGAUGUCUAAAUUCAGUGAGAGAGCACGAAUUAUUGAAGAACUUCGUUCUAAUGUUAACCACAAUGCUGUGAAGUUGGAUUUUUUUUUCAGAGCCAAGAAGGAAAGAAUAUUAAUGAACCGAAAAAAUUAUCAACCAAAAAGAAAAAGAGUUUGUCUGGUACCAGAUAUUGUAAAAGCUCAGUACAAAAAUCCACCUGCUCAGUUUAUGCCAACCAUUUGCCAAUCUGAUAUUCUUUUGCCACACAUGAAACCUUUGAGCACACCAACUCCUGGAGAAAAAGAACAAUGGCUAAAAAGUAUAAUUGACUUGCAAUGCUCUAUUGCUGGUGCACUAGAAAAACAAAAAUCAUACACUGUACCUCUUAAAUCAAUAAGCUCUCAGUUGUCAUCACCUGUGAUUAGUUAUAUGUCUUCAGAUACAUCAACUGGAAGUUUUGCAAUAAAAUGUAUGAAUAAUACCAAUGAAGUAAAUAAUAUUCACAAAGAACAAGAAGCAAAGUUAGAAUCUCAAUCUCUCUACAAAGAACAUUUGUCAUAUGAUAAAGAACAUUUCUCUAGUAUUAAAGAAAAUAUACUAUGCGAUAAAGAACAUCAGUCUUUUGAUGAGCGCCUCUCAUAUGAUAAAGAAUUUUCUUCUUGUGAUACUGAACUUGUUUCGUUGUAUGAUAAAGAACUUGUUUCACCAUUUGAAAAAGAGGAUAUGAUGAUUGAAGGAAAAAAAGCAGAAAAUUGCGUUGGUCAAAAAGAGGAUUUCGAGUUAGAGCAAAAUAAUCUUGAUGCAACAACGUCAAAUGAUACAUCAUCUAUUAAUUUAGAUGGAUUGAUAGUAAGCUCUUCACCCAUAGUUCAACGAUUUCAAUCCAAUAUAUCAUCUGACUGUGUUGGCAAAGAUGUUUUUCCAAAAUUGUUAAAUGUGACACCUAAGGUCUCCUCUGUUCUUACCUCUGGAAGCCAUAUGGUGAGCAGUAUAAGUACAGAGCUUCUGAGAGAUCCAACAUUGUCUCAACUUGAUGAUAGGCUUGUACGCAUACUUGCAUUUCAAAGACUUCAACAACUAGUUGAGAAAAAGAGUCAUCAAACACCAAAAUUUACCAAGCCUGGUAUAACUGAGAAAAAAAUUCUUUUACAAACAACACUAACAAAAAAAGCCAUUGCAGUUUUGUCUUCUCUAAAUGGGCUUGCUCCAGCAUGUUACAUGCGCUACAUGACUAUUAAUCUAGGGCAAGGUGCUGAUAUGGAUUUAUGUUUGUCAAACUAUGGUUUCUGCAACUACGUAUCUGGAAAACAUGCUACAAUUUUUUUUGAUAAGGAAACACAACAGUUUGAAUUAUUAAAUUAUUCUGAACAUGGGACGAUUGUGGAUAAUGUUCUUUAUUCCUGUGAUUUCUCAGAGAAACUUAAACCUCAUAUUACUUCAAGUAAUGCUAAGAUAGAAUCAAAAUACCAGGAUUUUGAGCUAAAGAAGAAAAAGCCUCCUUUAGGAAGAACAACAAAAGGUUUAGGUACAGAAUUUAUUACUAAAAGCUGUAAUUGUAGAGCCAGUGCAUCAAGUUUGAUUGGCGGUAGUGGUGCAGGUUGGGAAGGCACUGCAGUUUUGCAUCAUGGCAGUUAUGUUAAAUUGGGUUGCUUGCAUUUUGUAUUUAGUAUUGUUGAAUGCAAUAACUUGGCAAUGGAUAAUUAUAAUAUACCAGUGAAGCAACCAAACGAGCAUGUAAAAAGUGAAAAUGAGGAAAACGCUUCAUAAUUAUUGUGUAAUAUUCUGUAUAUAUUUUAAAAAAUUUAAUAAAACUUAUGUUAAAGUUGCGAAAAAUGGAAAGUGGAAAUUAUCGUGAAGUAUAUUUAAAUAUAUUUAUAGAGAUGUUAAAAAGUUUUUUUAAACA